AUGAAGUUCACCACCGUCGCACUUGCCGGACUGGCCACCAUGGCCAUGGCCUCCCCUGCCGCUGAGGCCAACCCUGCUCCCCAGCCUCAGCCUGAGGCUGCCGCCGAACCUGCCUUCUCCUCGUGGGGCAAGAAGUACAACCCUCACCUCUGGAACGGCUGGGGCGAUGCUCCCGGACAGGUCUAUCGCCGUGAAGCCAACCCUGCCUUCAGCUCCUGGGGCAAGAAGUACAACCCUCAUCUCUGGAACGGUUGGGGUGAUGCUCCCGGCCAAGUUUACCGUCGUGAGGCCGAUCCUGCUUUCUCCUCCUGGGGCAAGAAGUACAACCCUCACCUCUGGAAUGGCUGGGGCGAUGCUCCCGGACAGGUCUACCGUCGUGAGGCCGCCGCCACCGGCACUGCCUCUAUCACUGGAGCCGCCAAGCCCGCCGAGACUGGUAUCACCGAGGAGGAGGAGAAGGAGAACCUCGCUGCUUUCGAGCGCCGCGACCCUGCCUUCAGCUCUUGGGGCAAGAAGUACAACCCUCACCUCUGGAACGGCUGGGGUGAUGCUCCUGGCCAGGUCUACUAG